UAUCAUCAUCACUGCUUAUCUCUAUCACCGACGCGUCCAGCCCAGCAUUCCUCCUGGGAGCCUGCCUCGGUAUCCCGCUAUCGCCCACGUCCACGUCCCGCGCCGGGUCCAGCGGGACCCGCUUGAACGGCUUGUUCCGCGCCAGGAAGGCCUCGACCCACUUCUUGCCCAGGGGCCGGUGGUCGUGGUUCGCGCGCAGGAUGCGGACGACCGUGGCGCGGAUCUGCGCGUGCGUGGGCGCGCGGCCCUGCGCGCUCUGCGCCCGUAUCCAGGCCGUCAGCUCCGUCUCCUGCUGCGGGGUCAGGCGCUGCUGGACCUUGUGCGCCUUGUCGGCGGGCUGCGACCCCCGCACGCGCCCGAUGAGCGUGGACCGCGGCACCCGCCAGUCGCUCGCGGCUUGGCGGAAGGAGUGCCCCGCGCGCACGGCGGCGACGGCCGAGUCCAGCGCGGAUUGCGUGUAUUUGGUCUUGUAGGGCGUGGGGGAUGCCAUGUUAUCAGGUGGUAUUAUUAAUGAGGAGUUAGUUAUUAGAGGGUUGUGAUUGCUGGAGCAAGACAUGGAGUGCGCGGGGGGGAGGGGGAUGAAAUUUAGAUCAGCACGUCUAGACUACAUAACAUAACAGUACAAUAGUACCUCAAUUGUUAAUAUUGCCAAAGUUGAAGUAGUAGAACAUUAUUAGGUUCAAGAGGGCAAAGUUGGCAGGAAACUUGAUGGGCGCAAAUCAAAUUUAUAUAUAAAAUAUGGGCCCCCUGAGAA